UAGUUCGGCAGCUAUAUAUUCCAAGUCGGAACCGAAUCGUUUGCAUCGCCCGCUGUUCGUUCCCCAGUCAAAUUUGUGUGUUGUGUGCGCCAAUUUCAGCGGGGGCCAAAAUCGAUAAUCUGGUUGUGUGAUUUUCGCGGCUUUUUUUUUGUGUUUUCUUUUAAAAAACAAUCAAUACCCGAAGAAUGGGCACAGAAACCAAGAGCAACAGUUACACAGGACAGAUUUCAACAAGUGGCGGCAACCCCAAAGUGAUGAAAGAUUCUUUAUCCUUAGUUCGUCAGACGGUCAAUCAGCAAACGCUAUCGCUAUCGCAAUCGAACCAGGUCGAGAACCAAUUGAAUUCACAUUCAAAUUCAAAUUCGUAUCCGAAUCCAAGCGGGAGCGAAAAUAAAAACGAACACGAACAAAAUCCGCGCGAUAUUCGAGCCAAACAGGAGGAUAAAUCCAGAAAAGAGGCAAUUGUACCCUUUGUGCCCAUAUUUGUUGAGGAGGCCGACGUGAUUCAAGGGGCCAAGGAACUGUUGAAGGUUAUUCGACCGACCUGGGACCUCAGCCACGUCGAGUUUAAGAGUUUCACCGAUGGCAUCACAAACAAACUGGUCGGAUGUUUUCAUAAGGAGAUCUCCAAACUGAGCGAUGAGAACGGCGGAUCGUAUAUACCUAUCAAGACGCAGGGCCUGUCGCCGGUUCAGGCCGAGGAUCCAGUCAUCAUCGAGAAGGAGGACGAUGAUCAGUACACAGACGAUCGGGCAACGGACGACGGCUCACCUGUACAGUACUCCGAUGACGUAGUGCUGGUCAGGAUAUACGGUAACAAAACGGACCUACUGAUAGAUCGCAAGGCGGAGACGCAAAACUUUCUUCUACUGCAUACGUAUGGGCUAGCGCCAUCGCUGUAUGCCACGUUCAAGAACGGCCUCGUCUACGAAUACGUACCUGGAACCACCCUGAAUACGGACAGUGUGCUCUGUCCAGAGAUUUGGCCCUUGGUCGCCCGUCGCAUGGCCGAGAUGCAUCGCAAGGUGAGGAAGCACGGGGAUAGUUCGGCGACCAAACCCAUGCCUAUGAUUUGGAAGAAGACGCAGAGCUUUCUUGAUUUAGUACCUGAACGUUUUAGUGAUGCUGAAAAACACAAAAGAGUGAAAGAAACGUUUCUACCUAUCGGCCGCCUGCGCGAGGAGUUCAACAAGCUAUAUGAAUACCUCGAGGCUCUGGACAGUCCGAUUGUCUUCUCCCACAACGAUCUUCUGCUGGGAAAUGUGAUCUAUACGCAGAGCCUGAAUACGGUGAACUUCAUCGACUACGAGUAUGCCGAUUACAAUUUCCAGGCCUUCGACAUUGGCAACCACUUUGCGGAGAUGUGCGGCGUGGAUGAGGUCGACUACUCGCGCUACCCGAAGCGCGAGUUCCAGUUGCAGUGGCUGAGGGUCUACCUCGAGGAGUACCUACAGCGCAGCCACAUUCAGAACGACGAAGUCGAACUGCUCUAUGUCCAGGUCAAUCAGUUUGCGCUGGCAUCGCAUAUCUUUUGGACGGUGUGGUCCCUGUUGCAAGCCGAGCAUUCCACUAUCGAUUUCGACUACGUAGGCUAUGCAUUUCUUCGUUAUAAUGAGUACUUGGCUCGAAAGGUGGAGUUUUUGUCAUUGACUGCAGCUAAGAACAAUAAGUGAUUUCUCUCUCCCGGCCACUCAGCGCAUUGGGAGUUACUAAAUUAUGUGCCCAGUGAUAUGUGUAUAAACUAAGGCUGGAACGGGUCUCAAUGUUAUACAUAUGUAUAUAUAUAACGUGUGUUCAGAAAUCAGAAACAAAGCCGAAACAAACUUAAAUUAGUGACGUGUUCGUGCCAGCCUUAGUGUAUGUACAGUGCUCACUCGAAACAGUGGACUAUUGAGAACCAAGGGUGUGCACUGAAUCGAAUUUGUUCACUAUAACGAAUCACAGAAAAAAUAAACAAUUUAAUAUAAUUUUCAAAAACACCACGUUUGAAAAAAUUUGAUUUUUUUUACUAAGUUAAGCGAAAGUUUCUAAAAUGUCAUAAAUUAAUCGUUCACUUUUACUAAAAGUUCACAUAUUCGAGUGUUCACUCUUAAGGGAGGGCACUGUAUAUAUAAAGAAUUUGUAUAUGUUCUUUAAUUUGUAUAAAUUGAUAUUUUGUAGUCAUAAUAAAGCGAAGGUAUGUACUUUAAAAUAAAAA